CUCGCGCGGGGGGCUUCCUCAGAAUUUGCGCAGGAAUCACGAUAUUGUGUGGGAUUUCUUCGUAAUGUAUAUAGACGCCGCGCCCUCGACAUGAGGGGGUACGCUUGUGGCGUGAAGGAGCCGUACUGACGAUGCCGAGAAGCUGCGUCAGAGUUCGCGAGACUUCCUCGGACCUUGGAUUCAGCGGCGGCUCCGCGAUGGAGCCAACUAGCUAAUGCACGCGGAUAGCCGCAAUCGCAAUAUUUGCCGUCGCCCCCGCCCCAUGCUUCCAGCCUCGAUGAAUCGUGGCACCUUGCAUGGCGCAAGCUUUUCGGUGCUUUUUUUUGCGGCCCCUUGACCGCCACCCGCGUCAGGCGCCCCCCCGAGAGACCAUGGCCUGCCACAUGGACGCCGUGCUCCAGGAGCUCGCCGAGCACCUGGACAUGCCGACGCUCCUGAGCUUCGGGGCAUGCGGGCGCGCGGCGCACUGGCUGGCCAUGCGGGCCGCGGACGAUCGGGCCCGCGCCUCCUUCGAGGGGGUCUGCCCCCUCCUGGGCUGGGGCCGACCCGGCCCCCACUGGCGUAGGCUGGGCAGGUCCUUGAAGCCGAGGCAUCGGCUACACGUAAGAGUGACCCGUCGCUGGAGUGACCUUUGGUGCGGGCACAUUGGGGUCCCCACGUGGCCGAAUGCCUGCCGACAGCAGCGGGUUGCGCGCUCUGAUUUGGCCCCCAGCGCCCUCCCCCCCCCCAAAGCCGCACGCCAGAGGCCACUCUUGCCCAGGGGUCGCUCUCGCGUGCAGCCGAAGGCAGCUCUGCUUCCACCCCCGCGGUGCGGCGCCGAGCGGCACCCGGCUGCUGGGGGCGGUCCUGGGCACGCGGGGCCCGUGGUUCGUGGAGUUCGAGCUGACGGUGGCCAGGGCGCCCAAUGGCACUCCGUGCGUGGGUUUGCUGGAUGCCCGUGCCCAGCUGACGCCAGGGCAGCUCGAGUCCGGGAAGGUUCCGCGGGACCUGAGCCGCGUGGGCUCGGAGGAGUUCGCGGUGUCGUUCAGCCCGGAGUCCGGCAAGGUGUUCGCCAGUGGCCUCCCGGGACAGAGAACGCCAGUGUGCACAGCGGGCUUGAAUUGGAGACAGAUUGGCGACUCGUCUAUGUCAUGGAACGCCCCCUUGAAGGCGGGCUUAAUGAUUAAGGACAGACAGUUGACACUCUACCGAGGAAACAUGCACGGGCAGUGGCGUUCCAGUGGCGUGAUAUUAAGGGAAUUGCCAGACGAGGUCAUCCCGGCCGUGUUUAUGACUUCCUUUGUUGGUUUCGCGAGUGUCAGAUUUCUGAAUUUGUGGCAGUCACCACCAGAUGUCUGUUGCGCCGACUGCGACAUGUCUGGCCAUGGCUUGAAGCACGAUUGGUGCACGUUUCCAUCUUCUAAUCAGUAAUUAAUGGUCCUGCUGUUCUCCUGGCUAGAAUUCGGCAUCUUCGCUGCCAAGGCAUACGAAUUCGAGCCUCGGUUUCGAGGGCACGUUGAGGAACAAAUACAUCAAGUUCGAGACUCUGGCAAUGCGAGAGUUCAGGAGGGGUGAUUAUCAGGACCGUCUGAUAUCUGUCUGAAGCGCCAGUGUCGGAGGCGUGUGCAUUACGGCGAGGGGUGCGCAGAUCAAUUGUGUUGACGGCAAUUGUUGAGGUGUGGGGAGAUUUUGUUGUGAGGGUCACGUUUUCGAAUCGAAUAGUGGUCUGGUGUUGACGUUCAGCCGUUGCGAGGCUUUCAUAGCUUAGUAAGCGUAGCGUCCGUCACCACGAGGGAGGCAAAGUCGCCCCUUUCGAGGCGUUCGGUCUGAUGUUGCGCGCAUUUCUCGCGCGCUGGUUCGCAGGGGACAGAUCCUGCUGUACAGUCUGCUAGUAUUCAGUGCCAAGGUAGGGGGUGCAAGGCCACAUUGCUCUGCACACUCAGUUCCGGGAAGCAACGAACAAAGAAGCAUACAUCGUU